AUGCUUUACCUGGUGGGGUUUCUCCUCACUAUCAUAUGUCUCUUGGUCCUGGGAGUCAAUGUGUGGGUUCUCAUAGACCACCUCCUGACUACUGGUGUGCCUCCUUCCAUCCAACACCCUGUGAAGUUUCGGAUUCUACACUACUGCUUUCAUCUGAUAACCACAUGGGGAAAUAUACUUGAGAAGAUGAACAUUUGCUCCAUGCCCCAAUUUUUCCGCUUUGUACAAGACAGCUUUGUGUCAAAGGAGAACCUCGGUGUGUUUGUGAAGGACAUGCAUUUUGGCACAAUCCCUGUAAGGCUCUUUCAUCCCAAGGCACCCUCCUCCAAACCCCGAAAAGGCAUCAUCUUCCUCCAUGGAGGAGGAGCAGUGAUUGGUAGCUUGGACUGUUACCACAACGUGUGUACCUUCCUGGCUCGAGAGACAGACUCAGUGUUGGUGUCAGUGGGGUACCGAAAGCUUCCUUAUUACCACCAUCCUUCUCUUUACUAUGAUUGCCUGAAUGCCUCCAUUCACUUCCUGAAGUCCUCGAAAGCCUAUGGGGUAGACCCCUCCCGUGUCGUGAUCUGUGGAGACAGCGUUGGAGGUGCGGCUGCACUUGUUGUUACUCAGACCUUGUUGGGUAGAACAGAUAUCCCCAAGAUCCGGGCUCAGGUCCUGAUUUAUCCAAUUCUCCAGGCAUUUUAUUUCCAGUCUCCAUCACAUCUGACAAACAUAAAUUUCCCAUUACUCACCAAAGAUUUCUUGAUGACCUGUGUUUGUAAAUGUCUGGCCAUUGAUUGCUCCUGGAAAGAUGCCAUGUUGUCUGGUGCCUCUAUAUCCCCAAGUGACUGGAAGAAGUAUGAGAAAUGGCUAAGCCCUGACAACAUCCCUAAAAGGUUCAGGACUGAAUACCAGCCACCGAAGUUACCUGUACCUUUUAAUGAGGCUGCUUAUCUAGAAACCAAACAUGCAAUGAAUGUAAACAUUUCUCCCCUCUUAGCGGAUGACAAAAUCAUUGCUCAGCUUCCUGAGGCAUUCAUAGUGAGCCUUCAUUGGGACAUUAUCCGUGAUGAUGCCUUGCUCUAUAAGAAGCGCUUGGAAGACCAGGGGGUUCCUGUGACCUGGCACCAUGUGGAAGAUGGUUUUCAUGGAUGCAUAUUGUUCUUUAAUAACACAUUUUUCUCAUUCCCCUGUUCCUUGAACAUAUUGAAUGCUGUAGCCAGUUAUAUAAAGGACUUAUGA